AAUUUUAGCACUCAAACUUUCAUUAAAUUAUAAUUUUGUCAUGAUCAAAAAUUUUAUUUGGUACCAAAUAUAUGACUAUAGAGAUGUUUUAUUAUAUACAUACUCUAUACUUAUAUCAAAUUACGGUACUUUCAAUAUUAAUUAUAAAUUCAACUUCCGACAAUUUAGUAGCCUAAAUUUGCUAAUAUGGCAUUUAAUUAGGCGAAAUGACAAAAAAAAAAAAAAAGAAAUAUUGCGUUUACGCUAGAGCUGCUGGCUCAUUUUGUUGACCAAAACAAUAUCAUUUUGAUGAAUAACAACGUCAAAAUGACAUUAUGUUGAUUAAUAAUGUGAUUUUUCUUCCUUUGUAUAAUAAAAAUAUUAAGCUGUAGUCAAACGAAAGAAGAGAAAUAAACUCUCUUACAAGCCUGUGGAUUCUGCCUGCCAUAGAUUGAUGCAACCAAAGAUGUUAUCAAGUCAUGGAGUAAGGUUUACUUUCAUCAUCAAUAAGAAUUUGAAUGUAUCCUUUAAUUUCAGGUUCGUAUCAUCAAUGAAACUUCUGCAAUCGAACAAGAAGAAGAGAUGUUAGUGUUUUCAGUUCUUGUGCCCACAACAGCCAUCCACAUAUUCAAUUUCAAAUCCAAAAUUUUAAUAUGUAACUUUUACAAUGUAAAAAAUGUUAUAGAUUUCGCAUAUUAAAAAAUAAUUUAUUUGUAAAUUGUUUAAAAAUAUUUUCUUUAUGUUAAUUGAAUGUAAAUUUUAUAAAUUUUUAUUAAAAAAAAAAAAACAUUAAGCCACUUCCAUAUUCCUUAUUAAGCAUUUAUUCUGUUAUUCAUUUGAGAAUUUCAAUGUAGGCCGUAUGUUGAGCCACAGCCCAUAAUAUGCUUUCAUCUUUGACAAAUAAGUAAGCCACGUGAUAAGUCAGUGACCAUUUUUAUCAUUAUCUCUAGGACAUUGGCCCGGGAGUACGAAGCAAUUUAAUUAGAAAUGGACGCUUGAAUUAAUACUUGAAAGACAAAAAGAAACAAUCAAAUGAUUAUCUUUCUGUAUAUGCAGGUUUUUAUGAAGGCAUGGGUUGAUUCAUGCAGAACAAGUACUGAACUCGCUAGGUUUCUUGUACCAAAAGGGACUUUUAUGACAUCACCACUUGUAUUUCAGGGGCCAUGCAAAACUCUGAGCCUAUAAUCUUUGAAGUUUGGAGUAAUAAAAGCAACAGUUGAUCUAAGUCAAUAUUCUGAUGAUUCUUGGUUCUUGUUUGAAAAAAUUGAUGGCUUGGUUCUUACUGGUGGAGGAACCUUUGACGGACAGGGCCCUGCUGUCUGGAAGUUCAAUGAUUGCAAGAAAAACAGCGGUUGCUCCACACUUCCGACCUCGAUCAAGUUCCAAGGAGUAAGCAAUUCAGUUGUUAAUGGGAUCAAUUCCAUCAAUAGCAAGUUCUUACAUUUUCAUAUCACAUACAGCAGUAGCUUUACAGCCUACAAUCUCAAAAUUACUGCUCCUGGUGACAGCCCUAACACAGACGGCAUGCAUAUAAGCGAAACCAAUGGCGUAAAUGUAUCAAAAAGCACCAUCGGAACAGGUGAUGACUGCAUUUCAAUCGGAGCAGGAGUCACCGAUGCUACUUUCUCCGAAAUCACUUGUGGCCCCGGACAUGGCAUUAGUGUUGGCAGCCUCGGAAAGUAUCAGAAUGAAAAAGAUGUUAAUGGGAUUAUGGUGACUAAUUGUACAUUAUCUAAGACUAAUAACGGUGUGAGGAUCAAAAGUUGGCCUGGAUCUCCGCCAAGUGCAGCUUCAAGCAUUACCUUUCAGGAUAUUAUUAUGGACUCUGUUGAGAAUCCUAUCCUCAUAGAUCAGAACUACGGUUCCCAUAGUAGCGAGCCAUCACGAGUAAAGAUCUCUGACGUUCAUUACAAGAAUAUUGGGGGAACUUCGGCUUCAAAUGUUGCAGUCAGUUUAACAUCCAGCUCAUCCAACCCUUGCCAAGGAAUUGAAUUGGCUGACAUUGACUUGACCUACGCAGGCACUAAUGGCAAAAGAUUCAACCAUAUCAGCUUCAUAUUUGAAUGCUAAAGUUACAUCUACGGAUCCGCAUAAUCCACAGGUCGCAAAUAGUUAUUUUAAUUUCUAGAUUAUCUCUAUAAUUUUACUUCAGCCCUAUGUUUGAUAAAAAGAAAAAAUCAGCUCCAUGCAUUAAUUUCUAGUUCCGUCGUGUGUGGAUGCACCGCUAGCUGUCAGCCCAAUUAAUGAUUUCUUUAAAGAAAGCUCGCUUUUUUUUUUUUUUUUAUAUA